ACCAACCAGAACUUUCUAGCAAGUAACUCCAAACAUACAUAAGAAAAAGUCAAAUAAAAAAAGAGCAGAGAAAGAGAGAGAGAGAGAGAGAGAUGGAGGAAGAAAAGGUUGUAAGCCAUUACUGGGGAGAAACUCCAGAAGACGAGUACUACAAAGAGCAGGGCAUCAAAUCAAGCAACUUGUACUACGCAGCACCCAGUGGCCUAACCCUAUUCACCAAAUCCUGGCAGCCAAUCGAAUCCGGCCGCCCUCCACGCGGCAUCAUCUGUAUGGUCCACGGCUAUGGCAAUGACAUCAGCUGGACCUUUCAGGCCACCCCAAUCUUCCUCGCCCAGAACGGAUUCGCCUGCUUCGCCCUCGACCUCCACGGCCACGGCCGCUCCCAAGGCCUCAAAGCCUACGUCCCAAACGUCGAUGUCGUCGUCCACGACUCUCUCUCCUUCUUUGACUUCGUUUCAGCCCAAGAUCCAAUUUUCCAGAAAACCCCUAAAUUCCUGUACGGCGAGUCCAUGGGCGGCGCCAUCUGCUUGCUGAUGCAUUUCAAGAGGCCCGAGUUCUUCAAAGGCGCCAUCUUGAUGGCGCCCAUGUGCAAGAUCUCGGACAAGGUGAAGCCCAAAUGGCCGAUUCCGGAGAUCCUGACGGCGGUGGCGAGGUUCGCGCCGACGCUGGCGAUCGUGCCGACGGUGGAUCUGCUGGAUAAAUCGGUGAAGGUGGCGGAGAAGAAGAUAAUCGCGGCGAUGAACCCGAUGAGGUAUAGAGGGAAGCCGAGAUUGGGGACGGUGGUGGAGCUGAUUAGGGUUACGGAAUACGUGAGUGGGCGAUUGAGGGAUGUUGAGAUUCCGCUUGUGGUGAUGCAUGGGGAUGCUGACGUGGUAACAGAUCCGGAUGUGAGCAGAGAGCUGUAUGAAUCGGCGAGGAGCAAGGACAAGAGCAUCAAGAUUUAUGAGGGGAUGAUGCUCUUUGGGGAAACUGAUGAAAAUAUUGCGGCUGUUCGAGCUGAUAUUAUCACUUGGUUGAACCACAGAUGUGAUUGAAUUCUAUACUCGAUCAUGUAAUGUAUUCCAACAAUCUACAUUCAUUCUCUACUUUUAUGUGUUUCUCGUCUUCAAA